AUGUUUGACCAGGAGCAGAUUGCUGAGUUCAAGGAGGCUUUUAACCUGAUUGACUACGAUCACGAUGGUUUCAUCAGCACCAAAGACUUGGAGGAGACAUACAACUCUCUUG